AUGGGUGACUCAUCAGCUUCAUCACUUUACCAAGUUCUUCUGGUCUUUGUGAGUUUGAUUCCUUGUUUUGCAGAAAAGUGGGACAUAUAUUUGGUUUUAAUGGAAGGUGACCCAGUUGCAUUUCAUGGCUCCACUUUCACAACCACUAAUGAUAACACAAUAAAACCCAAUUUCAACAGUGAUCUUUCCAAGGCUUAUGCUAAGAAGUUGGUGGAUUCACAUGACCAGUUCCUGCAAAGCACUUUCGAAACUGGAAGCUACAACAAACUUUAUAGCUUUAAACACAUUGUUAAUGGUUUUGCGGUCCACACAACCGCCUCUCAGGCAGAGAAACUAAAACAUGCUCAGCAAAUAAAGUUGGUGGAGAGAGAUAGAGGAGCCAAAUUAAUGACAACAUACACCCCUCAGUUUCUAGGGUUACCUCAAGGAGUGUGGACGCAAGAAGGGGGAGAUAAAAAUGCAGGUGAAGGGAUUGUGAUUGGUGUUAUUGACACAGGAAUCAACCCAUUUCAUCCAAGCUUUGCAUACGACCCCUUGAAUCCGUUUAGCUCUAAUAUUUCUCAUUUUUCCGGUGCCUGUGAGACUGGUCCUCUAUUUCCUGUGACUUCUUGCAAUGGAAAGAUAGUUUCGGCUAGGUUUUUCUCAGCUGGGGCUCAAGCAGUUGCCACUCUUAACACUUCAGUAGACUUUCUUUCACCAUAUGAUGCAGUUGGACAUGGCAGCCAUGUGGCAUCAACUGCUGCUGGAAAUGGCGGUGUUCCGGUGGUCGUGAAUGGCUUCUUUUACGGGCGAGCCAGUGGGAUGGCACCACGUGCACGAAUUGCUGUUUAUAAGGCUUUGUAUCCGACUGUGGGAACUCUUGCAGAUGUAGUUGCAGCAAUAGAUCAAGCAACACAAGACGGAGUGGAUAUCAUAAAUCUCUCCAUAGGACCAGAUGAGCCGCCCACAGAUACACCAACUUUCUUAAGUCUUUUUGAUGUUUACAUGCUGUUUGCAAGACGAGCUGGAGUUUUUGUGGUGCAAGCUGCCGGGAAUCGGGGACCUGGCUCCUCUACUGUCGUGUCUUAUAGUCCUUGGGCCGUUGGUGCCGCCGCCUGCAGCACAGAUAGAUAUUACCCUGGUUCUCUCCUCCUUGGAAAUGGUCAAAAAGUUGGAGGUGUUGGAUUAUCAGGACCGACUAUGGGAGGGUUAUUACUUUCGAAGCUGCUAUUGGCCAAGGAUGCCCUUAAGGUAGAUGGGACAUUUCCAAGGACUCCGCAGUUCAUGGAAGAGUGCCAAUACCCAGAAGCUUUUGAUCCUACUCUAGUGCUAGGAAGUAUUGUCAUUUGCACUUUCUCGGCUGGCUUCUAUAACGAGACUUCAACACUCACUGCCAUCAUCAACACAGCAAGAACUCUACGAUUCAUGGGAUUUGUUCUACUUGCAAACUCUAAUUACGGUGAUUACAUCGCUGAGCCCAUACCCUUUGCUGUUUCUGGCAUUUUGAUACCAAAAGUCUCCAGCUCACAGAUUAUUUUGCAGUACUAUGAGCAACAAACAGGCAGGGAUGAGAGAGGAUUUGCCACCAAAUUCAAUGCACAAGCUGCCUUGGGAGAGGGAAGAGUUGCUUCAUUUGAGGGUCGAGCACCCAGUGUUGGUAGAUUCUCUUCAAGGGGGCCAGACUUUAUUGAUGUUAACAGGAAUCCUACCGAUGUGCUAAAGCCUGAUGUACUUGCACCAGGCCACCAAAUUUGGGCAGCUUGGAGCCCCAUCAGCGCCUUAGAGCCCAUAAUAUCAGGAUACAAUUUUGCACUAUUGUCUGGCACAAGCAUGGCAACACCACAUCUAGCUGGAAUUGCAGCUCUCAUCAAGCAAAAGAAUCCGUCAUGGACUCCUUCAAUGAUUGCUUCCGCAAUCUCCAGCACUGCCACCAAGUAUGAUAAUUAUGGAGAACUUAUAAUGGCAGAAGGAUCUGAUCUCGGUAGCUUGUACAACUCUACUCACUUUGAUUUUGGUGCUGGCCUAGUGAGUGCAACUCGUGCCAUUGAUCCAGGCCUAGUUUUAUCUUCAGAAUUUGAAGACUACAUCAGUUUCUUGUGCUCUUUGCCAAACAUUGAUCGGUUUAUGAUCAAGGCGGUGACCGGAGCAUGGUGCAACCAAUCGCUGAGCCACCCGGCCAACCUGAAUCUCCCUUCAGUGACGGUGUCAUCUCUGGUGAAGUCCCUUACAGUGCAAAGGAGUUUCAAGAAUGUAGGAAACAAAUCAGAGACAUAUUUGAGCUCAGUAGUGAGACCAAAUGGGACUACAGUUAACUUGUAUCCACCUUGGUUUACUGUAGCUCCACUGGGAUCCCAAGUUCUGGAUAUAGAAUUUAAUGUGAUCCAAGCAAUGGGCCAAUUCAGCUUUGGCGAGAUUGUUUUAACUGGGAGCUUGAAUCACAUUAUAAGAAUACCAUUAUCAGUAAGGCCAGUUUCAAUAUUCUAGAUUAAAGAAAUAAAGAAAUAUUUAGUCAUUACUGAAACAUGAGAUGAAUCAGAGGAUCAUAUUUUCUUCAGUGCUGUCCACAGGUGAUAGAAGUCGUCCUCAGAGAGGCUAAAAGGCUUUGCAUC